CAGAAUCACUAGUAUGCAAACGUUAGCACUAACAGUAUGACACGCUUGUUAUUUAUUUAUAACAGCGUAACUCUUUUAUUGCUCCUAUCCCGGUGCCCAUGCAAUUGAUCAAUACAUUUACAAACUUUUUUUUUUAACCCUUGGUAUAGCGACAAAACAAUGUGUUGAGAACUUUUCAGGUAGCUAAGAGGUUAAUCCCUGCCUGAGGCUGAGGAGUUUGUGAUUUUUACCAAAUUAGAACCUUAGAUCAGACGAGUUUGUGUUACCUUCUUAAAACCUACAGAGAGGCCAAUAAAGGCCAUUAGAAGCAGCAGCGCAAAACAAUAUGGAAGAGAUAAAUCCUGUGCUAAGAAUAAGUCAGCUGGAUGCUAUUGAAUUAAACAAGGCGUUAGAGCAAUUAAUCUGGUCCCAAUUUAACAGUUGCUUUCAAGGAUUUAAGCCAGGUCUGUUGACUCGCUUUGAACCAGAGAUUAAAGCCUUUUUAGGACUUUUUUUGUGGAGAUUUACAGUCUACUCUAAAAAUGCUACUGUUGGCCAGGCAAUUUUGAAUAUCCAGUACAAAAAUGAUCUGGCGCAAACUAAAAAAUACAGGCCUUUGAAUAAGCAGCAAAAAGUAUGGUUGGCACUUUUCACAGUUGGAAGCAAAUGGCUGGAAGAAAGAUCCUAUGAUUUAUUUAGUAAUAGCCCUUUUGGAUCAUCUUUUCAGAAAACUAAAUAUUUCAUCAAUACCAUAGCAGGACUUGUUAAGUUUAGUGUGCUUUUGAAUUUUUUUAUUUUUCUGCAGCAGGGCAAAUUUGCAACAUUGACAGAACGCCUUCUGAGAAUACGAUCUGUUUUUAUCACACCCCAAGAUGUUCGUCAAAUAGGAUUUGAAUACAUGAACAGAGAAAUUUUAUGGCACGGCUUUGCUGAAUUUCUUAUUUUUCUUUUGCCUCUCAUCAACACACAAAAGCUAAAAUCUAAAAUAUUUUCUUGGUGCAAACCCGUCAGUGUUCUUAAUUUCAAGGAUCCCUCUUUAGCGGCACACUGCAGAGAGUGCUGCUUAUGUGGACAGUGGCCUACAAUGCCACAUACUAUUGGCUGUCCCCAUGUUUUUUGCUACUACUGUAUAAAAAGUAAUUAUAUUGCUGACAUGUAUUUCACAUGUCCAAAAUGCAGCUCACAAGUACAAAGCCUACAACCCCUAGAAUUCAAGAUUGAAAUAUCUGAAGUGCACACUUUGUAAAAUGUGUUUAUUUCCCUGUGUAGAAAAGGUUACACCAAUCUGCUGUUCUGUGCAUUUUGUGUAAAUGUUAUUUUUAGCAUGUGUUUAAUAAUGCAGUAUAAACUAUCAAAAUCAAUAGCAUUAAUUGUGUGUUUUUUUAAUGCAUGUGAUGUUAUUAAAGUAAUUUUAAGUUGAUAAAAAAAUGGAAAGAUUAAUUGUAUUUAUAAUUAAAUUAUUAAAAAAUGUUAUCAACAAGUAUAUGUAAUAUAUACUAAUGUAGAAAAUAUUUUUGUUUAAUACCUUAAACUGUUGAUACUUUGCAAAAUAAUUUUAAAUAUUUAAUAAAAGAAAUAUUAUUAUAAA